CUCGAAAGCUCCGUCGACGCAUCGUCCAAUCAGCGUAUGAUCUGCAAGAUAAGCUAUCCAGACACUGACGAUUGGGGAAAGCGUAGAUGCGGUUGGAGAGCUGACAUGCAGGACAUACGCGCUGUGUAACGGAAGCAAUGGUGCAGUCUCGACACGAGGACCGAGUCCAGACGGGGCUUUGUGGCACUUCAGUUAUUAGCUCUGCGUUUUUCUUGACUUCCCCUCAACCUCAGUAUAAAAGAUAUCCUUCUCCUUCGGUAACGUCUUCGAGUUUGAAUAAGCUAGGCAUUUGCACUAUGGACGAAGACAAAGGCGCACAUGUGCUGACGGCGCAAGAGGUCAGCGUUGCGCAGACACAAACUGAGCACGAUGCGCAUGAUAUGGCCCGCCUGGGCAAGAAGCAGGUGUUCAAGCGCAACUUUCACGACUUAUCAAUCAUCGGAUUGACGGUUAUGAUGAUGGGAACAUGGGAGGCGAUUGCCAGCACAAUCACCUUCUCUCUCACCAAUGGCGGCCUCGCCGGCUCUGUCUGGAUCUACAUUGGCUCGCUGCUCUGCACCAUUGUCGUCGUAGUCACCAUGGCUGAAAUGGCAAGCAUGGCUCCAACAACCGGUGGACAAUACCACUGGGUAUCGGAGUUUGGGCCACCGCAGUACCAAAAGUUCCUCAGCUACAUGGUCGGCUGGUUCUCGGCCCUCGCAUGGCAGGCUGGCGUCGCGGUGACGGCCUACUCCUCCUCGGGCAUCUUGCAGAGCGCCAUCGCGAUCAACCACCCCAGCUACGACGCGCAGCCCUACCACGGCACGCUGAUGAUGAUUGCGGUCGCGGCGGUGGCGGCCCUCGUCAACGUCUUCGGCAUCGAGUGGCUGCCGCGCCUCGAGGUGGCUAUCCUCGCGCUGCACGUCGUCGGAUUCGUCGCUUUCAUCGCUACGCUCUGGGGCACAGCCGGCCGCGGCCACGCCUCUGCGAAACAGGUCUUUACCGAGUUUGCGAACUUUGGCGGGUGGGAGACUGUGGGCGGCGCUGUCAUUGUCGGACAGAUCACCGCGACGGGCUCGCUGUUCGGUUACGACGCAGCAGCGCACAUGUCGGAAGAAGUGCGCGACGCCUCGCUGACAGUCCCCCGCGCCAUGCUGACCACGAUCCUGGUCAACGGCCUCCUCGGCCUCAUCACAAUCAUCACGCUCUGCUUCCGCAUCACGAACCUCGGCGCGCUCCUCGCGCCCGCCCACCCCUUCCCCUUCAUCCCGCUCCUGCUCGAGGCAACGGGCAGCACCGCCGCCGCCACCACCCUCGCCUGCACCGUCGCCGCCCUCACAGUCGGGACGUGCGUCUCGGCCCUCGCGGCGGGCAGCAGGCAGCUCUUCGCGUUUGCGCGCGACGACGGCCUCCCCGCCGCCUGGCUGUGGCGCAAAGUCGUCCCGCUGCGCCGCCAUGGCGCCCCGGUCCCGCUGCCCGCUGUCCUGGCCUCGCUGGCCAUCACGGUCCUUCUGUCCCUCCUGCCCCUGUUCAGCGCUGCAGCCCUCAGCAGCAUCUUCGGCUUGCUGUCCUGUGCCGGCGGCGCGAGCUACUCCGCCGCGCUCGCGUGCUUGCUGUGGCGCCGGCUUGCGGUUUUGCGCCACCAGCAUCGUGCGGGUGGAAAUGCAGGUCAUGGUGCCCACGCUGCUGACGCGACGGCCCCGUUGCCGCCCGCCCGCUUCCGCCUUCCCCCCGUGCUUGGCGCCUGGUGCAAUGCGUUUGCCCUGGCGUACAUGGCCUUCGCGACCAUCGUGUGCUUUUUCCCUGCGCAGCGCGGGGCGGGCGCCCGCGGCAUGAAUUGGAGCGUUGUUGUGUUUGGGGGUGUGGUUGUGGGGUGCGUGGCCGCGUAUUGGUGUGGUGGGAGGAGAGCGUAUCGUGGGCCUGUCGUUUGUGUUGUGCGUGCGGGGGAGGGGCGUGACUUGCGUCAGUGAUGGAUGGUUGGUGUGCUGGGUAGGUAGGUAGGUAUAGUCACUUUGAUGACAAGCACAACUACGAAACAGCAUGGUGCAUUGUUUCUACCUACGUUCGUGCAGAGGGGGCCGUCCGUCUACCCCGGCACAAGAAGAAGCAGACAGCCAACAUAUCCAACUGAUCAAGACCUUCAGGCCUCAGACAACUUGAGCACUGUCAUCAGGAGGGCAUGCUGACGAGCGCCCCGCCACCCCUCCCUCACGAGAGGCGGCGCCGCUUGCUGGCGCUCGCCAGCAUGCUCUCCUCCUCC